AUGGGCAGGGCGAAUUGCGCGGGUUGUGGGAAGUACGGUCCCGACCGUUGCACUUGUGAGAACGCCAUAUCGAAGCCAAGGCAGAUGAAAGCCAAGGACCAAUUCCUACUGCACUGUUACGUGCGGGGACAGCCUCACUGCGUCGCGGUCAUGGUUUCCGACGAUAACGAGGCCAAGGUUGUAGACUGGUCUUCUUGCUGGACGUUGAGAACCGAAGAAUUUCAGAACUCAUGGCACGAUGCGGCUGAUAACAAGUACGUAGUGAUAUUUGACGUGUUGGACCCAGGCCACGUAGCCGAUGAGCACGCAGAUUCAACGGGACCUUUGCCUUCCGAGUGGGCUGUGUUGAAGGAGCUGCAAGCAGGGUCAGGAGACACAUCGUCAGAGGAAGCAGAGGACGAAGACGAUGGGGCCGAUGAGGCGACCACUAAAGUCGGCGGUCACAUCUUGGCAUUGAUGGAGAAGGAAGUUGAUGACUUGCUCGCCAAGAAGAAGAUUCACAGGAACUCGGACAAUCGGCUGGCGUGGUACCACUGUGCAUCGAAACAGUAUUGCCCCAGCGGCACAAAGCAAAUGAAGCUUGUGAUUGCCUUGCACGACAGUGACCGCCUCCUGAAAAGAGCAGAGACAUGCGACCUGCUGUCCCGAUCUGCAUCCAUCAUGCUGCAGACCAUCGCACCGCCUCUCCCCGGUGCCAUCAACUGUAUUGACCGCUUCAUCCGCCUGGUUAUGGCAGAAUCGGGACCGGAGUUCUGGAAUGUCUCCACUGUUCAAGGCGAAGCAUUUGUUCGGCGCGUUCGAAACCUGUACUACACCAAGGCUUUCGGGCAGUUGAUUUUCCAUCAGACGUUGCUUUGCAAUGCCAAGGUGCACGGCAUGAUCGCGGCUCUACAUUCCAUGAUGGAGCACGAGUCCACCUGUUUGCUCGAGUCCACCUGUUUGCUCCCGUCGCACGUCAAGGAUUGGCUGCCGCUGAUGGAGGAUAUUCUCACUUCUCCCGCCGUUGUGGCAAUGGAACGAGAUCUCAUCCAUGAGCUCGUAAAGCGCAACGAGUACCAGACGCUGAGCAUCGAUGCCACGCUUAGGUGCUGCCAGGUGUUCACCGUAUGCGGGCGAACAAAUGCCGUGGUCGGGAUGUUCGCAGUGGCCAGUGAUGAUGCAUGUGGAGCAGCACAAUCUCUGGCAGAAAGCAUUACAGCUGAAGGCCUGGCUCAGGUCCAAUUCGUGACCGUGGACAAUCCGAGCCGGCGCUACUUGCUUUGUCUGAAGAACAUUUGCCCAAACCUGCAGGUUAUGGCUUUGGGCCCAGUGCAUUUGGCCAUGACGUGUGAGUACGCAAGUUCUCGGAAACGCACCAAGGCCACGAGAACGUUGCGCUGCAUUCUGUCCAAAUUUUCUGCUGUUGAUCACGCGUACGAUGCUGCAAGUUGGGGGCACGUUUUCCACGGACGCAGUUGCAAAGGGCUGACAGUCGAGGAAAGUUCGUUGCGUCAGAAAAUCGAAGAUCGGACAAUGCGGGUGACGACAGCGGAGCAAAUCCUGGCACAGCUGGACGCAAGCCGACCGUUCUAUACGCGCGUCGAGUGGAUUCGGUCCUUGGCCGCCUUGGAUUCGGUCUUCCGGGAUGAGGUGAGCCAUCGAAGUGAAUGGUACAUGAACAACAUUCGACUUCGUCACAGUCACAGCAUGCCGAGACAUCGACUCAGUUUACUCCCCGUUGGCACCACCAGCAACGAGUCGCUACAUCACGAGAUCAGUUGCUGGUUUCGUGAGACACAGCAGAUGCGCCAGUCAACUCUGCAGCUCAAACUUCGUGUUCUGAAGCUUGGCAAGCUGUUGUCGCACAACUCAGCUCUAUACCAGCGCACCUCCAAGCAACUGCCGCAAGUGCUGGCGCGAUCUAGUCGCCGCGCCCUGUGGUCGGAGAAGGCAUGGCAGCUGCGCGACGAAGGUGCUGUGUCCAAGGCGAGCCUGCCGCUUUCUGCAAAGCGACAGCAAAGAAAACUGGCGGUGAAGGAUGCGGUUGUGAGAAUGAAGCGUCCAGCUGCCGCACACUCUUCUGUCGUGAAAAAGAGACGGCGCACUCCCCACACGCUCCAGCGGAAGGCUGAAGCUGGCAGCGCU